GAUUUCCCAUGAGCCUCUGCUCUGCAUGCUGCUGUUGUUCUGUCUGACUCUGAAUCAACACUCGUGUUGUUUGUAAAUACUCCAAAAUUGUAAAAGAUGUCUGAGUUGUUUAUGGAGUGUGAAGAGGAGGAGUUGGAGCCAUGGCAGAAAGCAAAACCAGAAACAAAUCUAAUAGAUCUGAUUGAUGAUGACGAUGAUGAUGAUGAUGAACCAAUAUUUGUUGGUGAAAUCUGUAGUUCCAAGCCUAGAGCCAAAAAAAGACCAGGUGUUGGCAACCAACGGAAUGUCUCCAUUUCAAGAACUCAUACGGUGGCAUCAUCACAAAAGACAUCCCAGACGAACUCCACCAGGGUGGAUACAGGUCCUACAAUAAUGGUUAGAGGCACAGCCCCUCAGCCUAUCAUCAUUAACAAUCAGGGUUACAUUGUGGCAUCACCACAGAAUCUCAACAGCAACACCUCAUUCAUCAGCUCUUUGGGGACACAGUAUCUACCAGGAACGACUUUCACUGUUGUGCCAGCAGGUCAGCAGAUGGUGCCGCAGGUCAGUGCAGCACCACAGCCUGGGGUCAUUCACAGGCCUCAAGUGCAGCUCAUCCAGAACAAUGUGGUGACCUUGACCAAUGUACAGGCUCCUGCUAACAUCUCUCCUCAGUCCCAAACAGUCUCACAAAACAAUCUGGGUAUCAUUCCAGUAAAUCCAGCCAAGCAGAAAUCCUCAACCCCACAAACUAUGAACAACAGAGAUAAUGGCACAACAGUAAACGAGACAAAAAACAGUGUGUCCAAAAAAGAGAACGAAUCACCCUUCACAAAGAAAUGUCCCCAGUGUCAGAAUUUGUUCUUCCUAGUUACUCCUUUAAAAAAUCACAUGAAGUUCUGCUGCCCUCAUUUGUUGGAUUCUGCGUUCCCCUCAACAUCGAAACCUGACAAACAACCCACCGCAGCAAAAGUCUAUGACUCUGAGAAACUCAUCAUGCUGGUUUCAGACUUCUACUAUGGCAAAUGUGAAGGAGACCCAUCUCUGAUCCCGAAAGCCAAGUCCAGCACCACCUUCAAGUGUAACAGUUGUUUAAAAAUGCUCAAGAACAAUAUCAGGUUCAUGAACCACAUGAAGCAUCACCUGGAGUUGGAGAAGCAGAACACUGAGAGCUGGGAGAGUCACACUACAUGUCAACAUUGUUACCGGCAGUACUCGACACCCUUUCAACUGCAGUGUCACAUAGAGAGUGCACACUGUCCCUUUGAGUCCACCACUAACUGUAAAAUAUGCGAAUUGGCCUUUGAGACGGAGCAAGUGCUUCUGGAACACAUGAAGGAUAAUCAUAAACCUGGAGAGAUGCCCUAUUCCUGUCAGGUCUGCAACUACAGGUCAUCCUUCUUCUCUGAUGUGGAUACACAUUUCCGCACAGUUCAUGAAAACAGUAAAGACCUGCUUUGUCCUUUCUGCCUGAAAGUCCAUCGCAGUGGCCAUAUGUACAUGCAACACUACAUGAGACAUCAAAAAAAGGGAAUUCAAAGAUGUGGAAAGUGCAGACUCAAUUUUCUCACCUACAAGGAAAAGGUGGAGCACAAAAAAAUCUUCCACCGAACAUAUAAGAAGCCAAAAAUUCUUGAGGGAUUGCCUCCAGGAACCAAGGUGACUAUUCGGGCUUCACUUUCUGGUGCACCAGUAUGUCAAAAGACUUCAAGCAAAUCUUACAUUGUUCCCACAAGUCCCGAAACAACCAAACAACCCAAUAGAACACCAGCACACACAACUAGACCCAGCAUUAUUUGGGCAAAAACAAAAACCACACACCAGCCAAGCUUGACUCGAACUGUCCACAAUAAUGAGCUUAAACAUUGCAUACUUCCAAGUGGAGGACAUAAGUGUGCCGAGUGUCUCACCGAAGUUGUGGACCCUUACACUCAUUACCCUUUGUCACUGAAGUGCAGCUUAUGCAAGUUCAGAACUAGUUGCCAGAAUGCAUUCAGACAGCACAUGGUCAGGUUUCAUGGCACUUCUAAAAAAGAACAUCUUGGCAAAUUGAGGAAGCCUCCACGUGGUAUGCGGAGUCUUACACUGGUGUGCCUCAAGUGUGACUUUCUGGCAGAUGCCUCUGGCUCUGACCAGAUGACCGAACAUUUGCUCAGCAGGCCGACCCACACCUGCCAGGUCAUCAUGGAGCCAGUUGCAAAUGGGGGAUCAAAAAUGAACAGCUCAAUGGAGACCCUAGAUGACUCUGAACUUCUCUUUAUUAAAACCGAUUCUGAAAUCAUGGUUAGUGAUGAGACGGAACCCGUUCAAAUCAAUGAUAUAAAUCCUAUACCAAACAAAUACAGCACUACAGAGGAUGGGUCACAGGUUCUAGAAACUGACCAAAGUGACCCAGCCAAGGGGAAAGAUGAGACCAUGCCCAGUGAUGUGCCAGAAGAGGAAUCACCUAAAAGCCUUCCCCCUCACUCCCCCUCUGAGGCUUCUGUCAGCCCACUUUGUUCCCUCUCAGAUGGAGGUGGUGUAACACCCUUUGACUUUCUGUGUACAACUGAUGGAACAGAGUCUGUGAACACAGACUUGCAACUAGAAGCUCUAACUCCAUCUAAGGUCCUGGAGGACAACGUCACUGAGAACUCACAAGAGGAGAUGGAUGGUUAAAUGCAACUCAUUGCAAACAAGAAUGAGAAUCCCUUGAAGCAUAGCAAGACUCCAGAAGCAGCAGAGUUUCUCGCAGACUGUCUCACUUUCCCCCUUUUUUAAAGAUGUACAUUAGUUGCAACUUUGUUUCUGGAUCCAAGAUUAGAUGAAAAGAUACUGUUGGUGCUAAAGCAUGAGUUCAAAAAUAUUGUUUCUGUAGAAGUACAAUAUAACUGAACUAAAUGCUUUGUCAAGAAGCACCCUCUAGUUUUAAACUGAGUUGCAAUGGCUGUAAUUAAUGUGAAUGUUCUUAUACAUAUGAUUGUUUUUAAGGCUUUAGCCCACAGUCAUCAUCUCCAUUGGGACUACAGAUUAUCAAACAAAAAGUUACCAACUUGGUUACCAUCUGCCUUUUCAAGUUCAGCAGGUUCUCAGUAGUCUGUUCAUAGGAAUAAAUGCCUCAUGAAAAAUAAAUAUAUAUUUUUAGAUUUGUUUAAUAUUUUAUGGUUUGAUGGAUGGAUGUACUUGAUCAGGAUAGGACCCUGAAUUGAGGAUCACGUCUCACAUUGAUUGAGAGUGAAAACAAUGUAGAGAUUCUCUUCAUUUGUCUUGAAUCAAUAAUA